AUGAGCAAACAAUAUUAGAGUAUAAAUGAUUUGCCAGAUUGGGUUAAAAUGAUCUCAGGUGGUAUUGCAGGAAGUGUAGCAGAAGCUCUAACAAUUCCAAUAGAUACAGCUGUAUAUAAAAUGAUUGAUAUUUGAAUUUAGAAAGUUCGUCUUUAGAUUCAAAAGCCAGAUGCAAAAGGAUAAUAUAAAUAUCAUGGAUUAUUACAUACAACUCGUUAAAUAUACAGUUAAGAAGGAGUUUCUAGUUUAUUUAAAGGUUUAACAGCAGGAAUACAGAGAUAAUUGGUGUUUGCAUCAAUUCGUAUAGGAUUAUAUGAACCUGUAAGAAUAAAAAAUUGAAUAAAUAGAUGCGUGAUUUCUUUUGUGGAAAGGAUUUCAAAGGAGAUCCUCCCUUGUCUAAAAAGAUUUAUGCUGGUUUAGCAACAGGUGGAAUUGGUAUAUCAGUAGCAAGUCCAUUUGAUGUAAUAAAGGUAAGAUUCUAAGUAGAUGGUAAUCUACCAAUAGAAUAACGUAGAUAUAAAAAUUUAACUGAUGCAUACAUAAAGAUUUAUAAAUAAGAUGGGUAAUAAUUAUAUAAUAAAUUUAAGAUUGCAUGGAUUUUGGAGAGGUGUUACUCCAAAUAUUAUAAGAAAUGCUGUUAUUAAUUGUGCUGAAUUAGCUACAUUUGAUCACAUUAAAGAAUCUCUUAUAAAAACAGGAUUAUUUCAUGAAGGAUUAACAUGUCAUUUUGCUUCAAGUGCUUGUGCUGGUUUUAUAGCUGCAGUUGUUGGAUAACCAGUAGACUUAAUUAAAACUAGAGUUAUGAAUUAAAAUGUUGGUGUUUUAACUGUUGUUAUGAACAUUAUAAAAAAUGAAGUAACAAUUUAUAUUUUAUAUUAAUAGAAAUUGCUAAAUCUAUACAAUGGAUUUUCAGCAAAUGCAGGUAGAAUCAUCACCUGGAACAUUUGUAUGUUUGUUACAUUAGGAUAAGUUAGAUUAUUUGCAUUAAAUAAUUUCUAUAAGUCACGUGAAUGAUCA